AUGUCUGACUGGGAUACGGUUACGAUUCUUCGUAAAAAACCACCAAAAGCAUCCGCUUUGAAGACUGAACAAGCCGUAAACGCUGCACGCCGUCAGGGUCUACCAGUUGACACUCAACAAAAAUUUGGUGCAGGAACUAAUAAGCAACACGUUACCACUAAAAACACAGCAAAACUUGAUAGAGAGACUGAAGAAUUGCGCCAUGAAAAAGUAUCUCUCGAUCUGGGGAAACUUAUAAUGCAAGGAAGACAAGCGAAAGGCAUGAGUCAAAAAGAUUUGGCAACUAAAAUUUGCGAGAAACCUCAAAUUGUAAAUGAUUAUGAAGCCGGCCGUGGAAUUCCAAACAACAUUGUAUUGGGUAAAAUUGAAAGGGCAAUUGGAAUAAAACUACGAGGAAAAGAAAGAGGCCAACCACUACAGCCUCCUGGAGAAAAAAAAUAA